AUGGCUGAUGAUGAAGCUCUUCACAAUGAGGAUGACCCCCCAGAGUCUUCAGCAGCUGAGCAGCCUUCCACAUCUACAGAGACUACACAGACUCCCCAGACAACAGCCUUAUCUGAAGCAGAUACUUCCCCUCCACCGUACUGUAGCAUAGCUGUAGAAGCAGCUGCAACCUCAGAAACACACAAUGAAUUUUAUCCUGUACCACCUCCAUACAGCGUAGCUACCUCUCUUCCUACUUACGAUGAAGCAGAGAAGGCCAAAGCUGCAGCAAUGGCAGCUGCUGCAGCAGAAGUUGCCCAACGACACGCCCAGUUUAGGGAAUCUAGGAGUCUGUUUGAUGAAAUAUUCCUCAGUCGUCCAGAGGAAGAAGAGUAUCCACCACGGGAUGAUUUCAGUGAUGCAGAUCAGCUUAGAGUGGGCAAUGAUGGCAUCUUCAUGUUGGCAUUUUUCAUGGCAUUUAUUUUCAACUGGAUUGGAUUUUGUUUAUCCUUCUGUAUAACAAAUACCAUAGCUGGAAGGUAUGGUGCAAUCUGUGGAUUUGGUCUCUCCCUGAUCAAAUGGAUUCUCAUUGUACGGUUUUCAGAUUACUUUACUGGAUAUUUCAAUGGACAGUACUGGCUCUGGUGGAUAUUCCUUGUACUUGGACUCCUCCUGUUCUUCCGAGGCUUUGUUAAUUAUCUUAAAGUCAGAAAUAUGUCUGAAAGCAUGGCAGCUGCUCACAGAACAAGAUUUUUUUUCUUGUACUGAAGACUGCAUUGAACAGACAUUCCUUUCCUAUACCAGUGUGAAACUUCCAGAUGGUCUGUAACCCUCCAAGUUAAUAGAAUAGAAGACUACUAAAACCAGAAGACAAAUUAGUGAAGAUACGGCUUCAAAAGCGAAUGACAAGAUGGUUUAUGCUCAAGUAUCAGUUCUGGUCAUUCUAAUAAAUACUUAUAAUUGCUGCCAUUUGUUUUAGCACAUUUGUAUAUGUGCUUAUUAGAAAGAUAUUAUUGAAGUAAGAACAAACCAUCUGUUAUUAUAGAUUAGGUACAGUCAGACUUGGUUAAUCUGUGCUUGUUGUAUCUGGACGAUUUAAGUGGUAAUUUGUUUCACAGCGUGUAUGUACCACUGACUUGUUGAUCUGAGCUUUGAGUACAAUGGAAUGCAUUAAAUAUUCAAGGUAGCCAGUUCAGACAGUUUUUUCUGUAAUUUAGAUUAAUGAUUCUGUAGAAAGUUUUUAAGUUUACUAAACCCCAAAGUUCCUUGUCACAAACUUGUAUUCACCAAUAUUUUAUCAAAUUCAAACCAAUAUACUGGUUUGCUUAAAACUGAUACUCUGCUCUG